AUGGAACUUUAUUUCGGUUUAUGCGUGUUAUUGUGUUUGGCCGAUAUCUAUGUUUUUUCUCAAAAUAUUACAUGCGUGUCAAGUAUUUGUAAGCCAUACAUGUUAAAUGGGCAUUAUGUCAAAUGGCCAAGUCCAAAAGUUGAAGCCGAUUACCUAACCAAGAAAAAUUACAUACCAAAAAAUAUAAUUUUCACUAGGCUUCAAACUUGCGGAAACCAAGUGUUUUUAGUUUCACCGCGUUACAAGUAAAUGUAUUUGUUAUAUAUUAUAAAAAAAAAUCUGUUGAAUAGUAAAAAGAAUGUGAACACCAAUUGAGAUAUAGGUACUCUUUUCAGGGAAGGCGUGCCAUUCACCUUAAGUCACUUAAAACUAACCGGUAAAGACCAGUGCUAUAAUUAUGUGCGACCGUAUCCUACAUUGGAGAAGAGUUUGGUGGGCGAUCAUAAAUCUAUUGUGAACGCUAUAGAUAUCUAUAUGGGUCAAAACGGUAUACUUUGGGUGUUGGAUAUAGGAGUAAUAAAUACAUUGGAAGAAAAACCUAAACGAGAGUGUGAAGCAAAAAUUUUAGGAAUCGAGUCUGAUAGUGGACGUGUAAGUAUUACAAAAAGAUAAUUAUUAGUAUAUUGAUAGAGCUUUAUCUAAAUAAUAUGUUAUGAGUUUAAUUAGAAAAUUCAUUGGCAUUAUAAUUAAGUAGGUGCAUUGUUUUACGUUCAUUCAAUAACGUUAAACAGUCGCUUGUUAAAAUACUUUAAUACUUAAAAUUGUACAUAUUUAUUUAGGAACAAUAUUUGGACCCACGUUUCCCAUUUAACUCUAUUGUUUUUAAUUAUUUUUUUUUUAGAUAAUACACACAAUAUUAUUAAGAUCGCUAAUAUGCCGAGUGCGCAGUAGACUGCAGUACUUAGUCGUCGAAUAUAUCAGCAACGACAGACCAAUUAUUUACAUCGGAGACGGCGGUACUCGAUCGAUUAUUGUGUGGAACGUUAAAGCCAACGAAGGCUAUAGAGUCAAAUUGCCACGUUCGUCUACCACUACUUGUACAGAUUCGACCAUGGAUGAUGUGUUUUAUCUAGCUUUAAUUGAAAAUUCAAAUAUCACGUACAUAUAUUUCACUUAUCUGUCGAGUUCGGAUAUGUUUAAGGUACGCACAAAAGACUUACGAAGAAAAAUUAAUCCCAAGUGUGUGGUGGAUGUUGGUCGGAAACCUUGUAAAAUGAUAUUAUUAGGAUCUGCUUACGGGACAGUUAUAUACUUCCGCAUCAAAGGAUUGAACAAUUUGUAUAGCUGGGAUACAAAAGAAAGUCUCCUAGAAGAAAACGUGAUGUUGGUAAAUUCAUUAUAUCUAAUAAAUAAUAUUACCGAAUAAUAAUAAUGAAAAAAUCAUUGUCAGUUUCGACUUAAUGAUGUAAAUUUUAAUGUUAAGGUGAAGAAAAGUACAGACUGUCGUACGAUAACACAUAUAGAUGUUGAUAACAAUGGAGUACUAUGGGAAUUGGAAAGUAACAUUGAAGAUUUUGUAGUCAAUACUGUCGGAUGUUAUGGCGCAAGCAUAAUACUCGCACCUAUUUUUCGGCAACCAGCACCACUGCAGUCAAGCUAAAAACAAUAUUGUUUCGAGUAAUACCUACGAUAAUGGCAGUGCAACUGUCACAUAGUUUUACGUACCUAUUCGAAAAAAUUGUGUGAGAUUAUUAUUUAACAACUUACCUGCACUUCUAUAAAAUAUAUACGCCGGCUAAUUUACCAUCAGCGCGAUACAGCCGAAAUUGACGCGAUUGAUUAUUAAGUUUAGUGUAGACUAUAAAGAUAAAGACCACUCUAUUACAUAUAUUGUACAUUGCUAUGUACAAAGUACAUAGCAAUACACUGUACCUACUUAUAGUAAAAUAUUGGAUACCUUAUCGAUUCAUACGUUUGUUUCACAAUACAACUUUUUAAUGUUUAUAUUAUAUUUUUUUAAAUAAUAAUUCAAGAAUUGCAAUAGUAUUUAAAUAGAUACAAUUUCUGGUAAAUUUCAUACAAUUAUCAGUUAUACCACAUUAUUAUAGUAUAAUUCAUUCGAGUUUCGACGAUUUAAAGACAAUAAUUGGUUUUGAUAUAAUAAUUAUUAAUAACAACACUAUUAAUUUGUUAUAUUAUAGUUAAUUAUAAAAAUGUAUAAAUAUCGAAAAAAGGUAAAAGACCUAUUAUAUUAUAACAAAUAAAUACCAUCUAUUCAUCUUCUUUAAACGAUGCUUGUGUUCAACAUAGAAGUUACUCUAUAAACCUUAAUAUAUUAUGUGAAACGUGAGAGUUCUUAUAGCUUUCACUCUUGGCUGGCAAUUUAGCAGUUUCUCCCGAGCUGGUUUACCUGAAUUUAUCUGUACGUACAUUUAGUUUAUUUUAACUCGUAUACAUUAAUAUUUUAUUUUAUUUUUUUGAAAAAGUAGCUAAAGUAAUGGCAGAGAAAAAAAUCAACAUCCUUAUUUUACGUAUUAAUAAUUAUUAUAUGACAAAAUAUUAUAAAUUAUUGUUUGUGUGUAUGUUUUAU